AUGAAUCCUUUCACUUUCCUCACCCAAUCUCGGGCAAACGCAGCCUGGCACCCAGUUGGCCUUGCUUCCGCGCUGCCUGACUUGGACCUCGAUAAAGACGCAUAUCGAAUUGCGCCGAGGUGCAAGGCUUUUACCAUUCCGAAAAAUGAAGGCGAUUCAGAGGACAGCCCCCCGGUAGAAGCAGAUAUUGAUACGCCGGGGGAUUUAAAGGAUCAAGUUCUCGUGUUCAAAUACAAGGGCAAAAUUCAUGCCGUUGAUCAUCAAUGCCCUCAUUCGGCAUUCCCGCUUUCUCAGGGCAAUAUCUUUGACAUUGAAGAUUUCGGAAUCACAUUGAGUAGUGGAAUUUCAUGUCCGAAGCACGACUGGUCGUUCGAUCUGCACACUGGGCGAGGAGAUCGCGGAAGCUACACGCUCAAGUUGUGGGAAGUACAACUGCGCGACUCGCCACCAUUAGAUGAAUCCAACAAGGACGAUAAGGAAGUUUGGGUCCGGCGCAAGCAAAGAAUCGGUUAG